AUUAAAUUGAGGGAGGAGCACGACGUGUGAACAUGUAUAGAAAUGACAUGCACUGAUAUUGAGAAAUAAAAUCACUGCCUUCAAAAUGGCUGUUUCCAAAGCCAUAACAUGCGUACUGUUUUUCUUGUACGUUAUUCCAGAAAUGACCUGUUUUAAGCCAAAUGCACUGAUAGGAAAACGUGCGCACACACCAUUAGAAAUCGAGAUUGUUGUUGUUGCAGACUACAGCGCAUUCAAUAAAUGGUACGAGCUACUAGAUCCGGCACUACCACAUGCCAAACGGGUGGACAUAGCGAAACAAAAUCUUACAACCUGGCUUGGUACAAUGUUUCAUUCUGCAAACAUUGUGUAUAAGAGACUGGAGGCCGAUGGUCUUUUCAUUUCCAUAAAACUUGUGGAUUUGAUAAUCAUGACGACGGUUGCAGAUUCACCUUGGACAGAGACCACAAAGUUCAAGGUCAACUCAACAUACAUGGUGGAUCCAUAUGUGGUUCGCUCACUGUUCAAAGUGAAAUCAAUAGAAUUACAGAAAACUAUUCCACAUGACCACGCUAUGUUAUUUACAAGAUAUUCCAUGAUUUUAGGUCAAAAUGGGACAAACCUAUAUUCAGGAAUUGCGUUCAUUGGUGCUGAAUGCAAACCAAAGAGCCUGUCCAUCGUAGAAGACGCCGAGCAGAUGGCUACGGCACAGACUAUCGCCCACGAGUUAGGUCACAGUCUAGGCUGUGAGCAUGAUGGUUUAAACAAUCUAUGCAAAGUCGGUGCUGGAUACUGCAUGGAGGCAGGCUCUAUAAAAGACAACAAGAAUAAAUGGAUCUUCUCGUCAUGUUCUGUAGAUUAUAUACGAAACUUUGUAGACAAGAUAAACAGAAAUCACACCAACUGUCUAGCGAAGGUAAACGACAACAAUUCUCGGCCAGACCUAGCAGUGGCCUCACAACAGUGGGUCGGGAAACUUUAUUCUUUCGACGAACAGUGUAUAAUUGCUAAAGGUCAAGGGUCAUAUAUGUGCAGAGAGUUAUAUCAUGGUAACAUCUCGUCGUUUUGUUUGAAGAUGUAUUGCCACAAAGAUGGCGCAUGCUCCCAGAUAGAUGCUGGGGACGGCACUCCAUGUGCUAGCGGUUCUUGGUGUUUGUCAAACAAUUGUGUAAAGGAUCACAGAGCACCAGCAGCUUUCGAUGACGAUUGCCCCUUCGGAGAUCAAGAAGGAUUAGUACACGAUAACCUCACAUGUAAACAAAUUGCACUGAAACGACCAAAUGACUGUCUUUGGCGAUAUAUUAAACACAAAUGUUGUAUAUCUUGUAAACAUGCACAAACAACAAGCAUUUCUGCCGAUGCACAAUGCAAAGACACAUUUGGACCGGAUUCGUACAUGUGUAGGAGUAUAUCGGCAUACGCCACAUCAAACUAUUCGUCACUGUGUUCGAAAUUGUACUGUUUUAACACUUCUACAACAGACUCCUGUCAUGCCUUUAGAACAUACGACAAAACUCCAUGUGGCAACAAGAAGUGGUGUAUAGAAGAAAAAUGCGUGCACGAUUCGAACGCCCCAGCAGUCCCGGACGACUGUCCUAUGGGAGAUAAAGAAAAUGAUCGUUCAGUAUCGUACAAUAACCUUACUUGUGCCGAAAUCAGGCAACAUGAAAACAACUUGGUCUGCUACAGCAACUAUACUGCAAAGGUUUGUUGUAAAACAUGCUCGGACAUACGACGGAAUAUUAAAGGUUGUGAAUACGGUGAUAAAAAUAAAGAUUGCUUUACUCUUAUUGCCUCACAACGGGACAGCUACCAUUGCUACACUCAAAAUAUUGCCGACAUAUGCUGCGAGUCAUGCAAUAAAUACAAAGAUCCCUCAAAUAUUGGAUGUGAGUAUGGCAAUAAAAAUAAAGGAUGUGCAGAUCUUAUUCCCUCUCGCUCUGAAAGCUACAACUGUUAUGGCAGAGAUGACGUAUGUUGUGGGUCCUGUAAGCAAUAUUUCAAUGCAUCAGAUGACAAAUGCCAUUUCGGAGAACCAGAAGGAUUAGUACACGAUAACCUCACAUGUAAACAAAUUGCAAUGAAUCAACCAAAUGACUGUCUUUGGCGAUAUAUUAAACACAAAUGUUGUAUAUCUUGUAAACAUGCACAAACAACAGCCGUUUCAGCCGAUACACAAUGCAAAGACAUAUUUGGACCGGAUUCGUACAUGUGUAGGAGUAUACCGGCAUACGCCACUUCAGAUUAUUCGUCACUGUGUUCGAAAUUGUACUGUUUUAACACUUCUACAACAGACUCCUGUCAUGCCUUUGGAACAUACGACAAAACUCCAUGUGGCAACAAGAAGUGGUGUAUAGAAGGAAAGUGCGUGCACGAUUUGAACGCCCCAGCAGUCCCGGACGACUGUCCUAUGGGAGAUAGAGAAAAUGAUCGUUCAGUAUCGUACAAUAAUCUUACUUGUGCCGAAAUCAGGCAACACGAAAACAACUUGGUCUGCUACAGCAACUAUACUGCAAAGGUUUGUUGUAAAACAUGCUCGGACAUACGACGGAAUAUUAAAGGCUGCGAAUAUGGCGAUAAACUAUAUGGCUGUUCACCAGAAAAAUGCUCUAGAUUGACAGUGGAGUCCCGAAAAAGUUGCUGCUUAAGUUGCAAAUCCUCUGUUAUCGUCGGUUGAUAUCUCUAAUAAAAGAACUAAA